CACUUAUUAACCAAUAACAUUACAUAUUUAACUUAUACCAAUACAUGAAAAUCAAUACAAUAACAUCAAUACCAAAAAGCAAUACAAUCACAUAAAAUCAAUACCAAUGCGAAAAAACAACACAACUACAAAAAAAUGGAUACCAAUACGAAAAAAUACAUACCAAUAGGAAAAAAUCAGAUUUGGAAUUCGAUGACAAAACAUCGACGAUAGCUCAUCAUCAGGUAGAGAGAGAAAGAGAGCGAGGGAGGGAGGGCUGGUGGGGAGGGGACGAGAGUGAGGGUCGGCGGGUGGUGUCACAUGUGGCAGAUGACAUGGCGCCAACAAGGUGACAACAUGGCAGCAGCACAUGUGGCAUGCAUGGAAGACUAGUAGCAUAGAGAUGCUCCUAGGAUUCUCCACCAUAAUGUAGAGCUUUAUAAUGCACUUAUGAGUCACAUAAUGGUGACAUUGAUAGAGUGCAUAAUGGGGGGACUUAAUGGGGUGUAUUGAUGUAGUAGAGGGACUUUAUGAGGGGCACUGAUGCCUUGUAUGUGGAGAGGCCUAUAUAAGGAGCCAUCUCCCUCAUUUGUACUCAUUCCAUCAUUUUUGAGAAUAAUACACACUAGAGAGUUCUCCCAAUCCUUUGUCUUGUUCUUGUUCUUUGCUUGCUUGUGAGUUUGAGAGAAAGGCUGCCUAGCGCUCUAACGGAAUUGAGAGCUAGGGCCGCACGAUCGAGAGUAAGGUCGUGACAAGUGGUAUCAGAGCCUGGUUCGGCUUUGUGCUAGCAAAGUUGAACCUAGAGCCAGAAGGAAAGGAAGAACCUCACCAAAAAUGUCGGGAUCAGAAGUCAAUGACGACGGUGAGAGGCGUCGUGGCCGAGAGCCUACCCCAACCGGGAGGCCAAAAGACAAGUCGAGCACUCGUGAUCCUCUCAAGUCUUUAGAGAGGCGAGUCUCGAGGAUGGAGGUGAAGAUUUCUGACGAUGUCACCGCCAUCGAAGAUUUGGGAGCUAACUUCACCCAAGUCGAAAGCGAUUUUCAAGGUAUGAAUGCUCGUUUGUCGAGCUUGGAGAUUGGUCAUGAUGGCAUACGAGAAGAGCUUGUGGCCCUCAUCAACAACACCAUCAACACAUCCUUGAACAACGCCAUUGAAGUUGUGAAAGAGCACGUCCAGGUUGAGCUGGUCGGCGUGAAGGAGGAGAUUGCAGAUCUCAAGAGUGAGAUCACUCUCGUGAAGAGAGCCAUGGCUAGCGGACCAGCCACGGUGCAAUCAGUCCCACGUGCUGACAUUCCAAGACCGAAGAGCUUCGGAGGUUCAAGGAAUGCGAGGGAGCUAGAGAACUUCCUUUGGAGUCUUGAGCAAUACUUCAAGGCGUCCGGCAUCCAAGAGGAUGAGGUAAAGAUUCGUACCGCUCCACUCUACUUGGUUGAUGUUGCCAUGGUGUGGUGGAGGCGACGUGAAGCGGACGUCGAAAGAGGUACUUGUGUGAUGGUAACGUGGGAAGAUUUCAAGAGAGAAAUCAAGAGGCAGUUCUACCCAGAGAACGUGGAGUUCGAAGCCCGUUCGAAGUUGAGAAGACUCACCCAGAGGGGUGGAGUUCGAGAAUACGUGAAAGAAUUCUCGGAGCUGCUUCUAGAGAUCCCGGACAUCACGGACAAAGAGGCCAUGCACGGCUUUCUUGAUGGGCUGCAACCAUGGGCCAAGAUGGAGAUGCAACGUCGAGGAGUGCAAGACCUUGCAACUGCCAUGGCCAUGGCGGAAUCUUUUGUCGAGUACAAACGACAAGAGAGCAGCGGCAAAGAGAAGAGUUCAAAGCCCAACAAGGGUGGAGAGCAGCAGAAGCCUUUCAAGGAGGGUUCUCGCACUCAACAACACCAAGGUGGUUCGAGCAAAGGGGGUAAGUACGAGCCAAAACCCAUGACUUGUUUCCUUUGCGACGGACCACAUCGAGUGCGAGAUUGCCCAAGGAAGGCGAGAUUGGCAGCCAUGGAAGCUCAAGAUGAGGAGCCCAAGGCGGCGGAGGCCAAGAUUGGCUCAAUCCGCAAGCUUGGCGCGGCGAAGACCGACGUCAAGGAGAGCAAGCGGGGGAGGUGCUAUGUUCUGGCGCAAUUCAUGCAAGGCGAGUCAAAAGCCUUGGUGGAUACCGGUGCCACGAACAACUUUCUUCGCAUCGAGGAGGCAAACCGGCUGGGUAUUGCCUACGAGAAGGGGCAAGGGAGGCUCAAGACGAUCAAUUCGGAGUCCAUCCCAAUCCAUGGAGUUGCUCACAACGUACCAAUGAAGCUUGGCGAGUGGGAAGGCCUCAUCGACUUUUCCGUCGUCACCAUGGACGAUCACCCAGUCAUCCUCGGCAUCCACUUCCUCGACAAGGAGGGAGUGCUCUUGAAGCCCAACUCCAACACAAUGUGCUUGGAGAAGGAAGGGGAGUUUCAUGCGGUACAUCUCUUGAGAGAAGAUGGUCCCCAUAGUGCUCUAUCCGCUAUGCAAGUGGUGAAGGGGUUCAAGAAGAAUGAACCAACCUUUCUUGUGUCCUUGAAAAUGGAGGAAGAAGGAGGCUCAACGGGAAUCACAACUCCCAUCAUCGAAGGUGUCCUCGAAGAGUUCGACGACGUGAUGCCAUCGGAGUUGCCCAAGAAGCUGCCACCAAGAAGAGAGGUGGAUCACAAGAUCGAGUUGGAGCCAGGAGCGAAGCCCCCUUCGCGAGCACUAUACCGCAUGUCGCCACCGGAAUUAGAAGAAUUGCGGAGGCAGCUCAAAGACUUGGUGGAAGCAGGCUACAUGCGGCCAUCGAAGUCACCUUUCGGAGCACCGGUGCUGUUCCAAAAGAAGAAGGAAGGGUCGUUGCGAAUGUGCAUCGACUAUCGAGCCAUCAACAAGUUGACGGUGAAGAACAAGUGGCCGAUUCCCAACAUUGCCGACUUGUUCGACCAGCUUGGAGAUGCGAUGUGGUUCACCAAGCUAGAUCUUCGCUCGGGCUACUAUCAAGUGCGGAUAGCAGAGGGCGACGAGCCAAAGACGGCUUGUGUGACGAGGUAUGGCUCUUACGAGUUUCUUGUGAUGCCAUUCGGUCUCACCAACGCACCAGCCACGUUUUGCACUUUGAUGAAUCAAGUGUUCGAGCCAUUCUUGGACCGGUUUGUCGUGGUCUACUUGGAUGACAUCGUUGUGUAUAGCAAAACACUCGAUGAGCAUGCCGAGCAUCUACGCCAAGUCUUCCAAGUCCUUCGCGACAACGAGUUGUACGUCAAGAGGGAAAAGUGCACAUUUGCCGCCACGGAGGUUCCAUUCUUGGGGCACGUCAUUGGUGGAGGCAAGUUGAAGAUGGAUGGAGCGAAGGUGCAGGCAAUCCAAGAAUGGGAGCCGCCGACGAAGGUGCCAGAAUUGCGGUCAUUCCUCGGCCUUGCCAACUACUAUCGGAGGUUUAUCAAGGGCUACUCCAACAUUGCAGCACCCUUGACGGAUCUCUUGAAGAAGAACAAGGCGUGGGAUUGGUCGGAAAGGUGCCAGGAAGCAUUCGAGGCCUUGAAAGCAGCGGUGAUGAAGGAGCCCGUGCUCGUGCUCCCCAACCCGAUGUUGGCCUACGAAGUGCAGACCGAUGCGUCCGACUUCGCGAUUGGAGGAGUGUUGAUGCAAGAUGGGCAUCCCAUUGCCUUCGAGAGUCGGAAGCUCAGCGAGACGGAGAGGCGAUACACCGUUCAAGAGAAGGAAAUGACGGUCGUGGUGCAUUGCUUGCGUACAUGGAGGCACUACUUGUUGGGGUCAAAGUUCGUAGUGAAGACGGACAACGUGGCAACGAGCUACUUUCUGACGCAGAAGAAGCUCACCCCUAAGCAAGCGAGGUGGCAAGACUUUUUGGCCGAGUUCGACUUCGUUAUGGAGUACAAUCCAGGCAAGGCGAAUUCCGUUGCCGAUGCUCUUAGCCACAAGAGUGCAGCCGCAAGCAUCAGCCAGCCCACGUUUCCUUUGAAGGAGUGGAUCGUUGAAGGCCUUGGCCAUGACCCCUUCGCCAAAACCGUAGUGGAGUACAUCGAGCAAGGUAAAACUCGGCGAUUUUGGAUGAAGGAUGGGCUCAUCAUGACCAAGGGAGAGCGGGUGUUCGUGCCAAGAUGGGCCAACUUGAGGAAGGAGAUCAUGAAGGAGUGCCAUGAUUCCAAGUGGGCGGGCCAUCCCGGCAUCGAGAGAACGCAAGCGCUCAUCGAAGAAGCAUAUUUCUGGCCGCGUAUGAGAGACGACGUGGAGAUGUAUGUGAAGACUUGUCUUGUGUGCCAACAAGACAAGAUGGAGCAGAGAAGCCCGACAGGCUUGCUAGAGCCCUUGCCCACGCCUCAACGACCAUGGGAGAGUGUGAGCAUGGACUUCAUCAUCGGACUUCCCAAAGUCGAUGGAUGCGGUUGCAUCAUGGUUGUGGUGGACAGAUUCUCGAAGUAUGGAGUGUUCAUUCCUGGGCCAAAAGACUUAACGGCGGAGGAUGCGGCACGGCUAUUCUUCAAGAACGUGGUCAAGUAUUGGGGCAUUCCUAGCAGCAUCGUGAGCGACAGAGAUGGGCGCUUCACGGGCAUAUUUUGGCGAGAGUUGUUCAAGAUCAUGGGCUCAAACUUGAACUUCUCGACGGCAUUUCAUCCUCAAAGCGAUGGACAGACGGAGCGGGUGAAUGCCUUGUUGGAAGUGUACUUGCGGCACUACGUGAGUGCAAACCAACGAGAUUGGGUGAAGUUGAUGGACACGGCGCAGUUUUCCUACAACUUACACCGCAGCGAGUCGACCAACACGAGUCCAUUUGAGUUGGCGACGGGGCAGCAACCUUUGACACCUACGACGGUGGCAACGGGGUAUAAAGGUAACAGUCCGGCGGCCUACAAGUUCGCUAAAGGCUGGCACGAGAAGAUGGAGAUGGCCAAGUCUUACUUAGCCCGCGCUAGCAAGAAGAUGAAGAAAUGGGCGGACAAGAAGCGGCGGCACUUGGAGUUUGAAGAGGGAGACAUGGUGAUGGUCAAGUUCUACCCUCGUCGCUUCAAGCAUCUCAAGAACGUGCACAAGGGACUGCUUCGCCGCUAUGAAGGGCCAUUCCCCAUCGUGAAGAGGAUUGGCAAUGUGGUAUACAAGGUAGAGCUGCCGACGCACUUGGAGAUCCAUCCGGUCUUUCAUGUGAGCCAACUCAAACCUUACCACGAAGACAAGGAGGACGAGCAGCGAAGGGAGCCGCAGCGCGCACCAACACUCGUCACCAAGACACACGACCAUGAAGUCGAAGAAAUCAUGGCGCGUCGUGUCAUUCCUCGUCGCGGCGUACAUCCAAGCUUUGUGGAGUACUUAGUCAAGUGGCGCAACCUUCCGGAGAGUGAAGCAACAUGGGAGAAAGAGCUCACGCUUUGGAAGAACAAGGACUUGAUCGAGGCAUUCCAUCAAGAGGACGCGACGAGGGCGUCGCGAGCAUAGGUGGGGGAGGAUGUCACAUGUGGCAGAUGACGUGGCGCCAACAAGGUGACAACAUGGCAGCAGCACAUGUGGCAUGCAUGGAAGACUAGUAGCAUAGAGAUGCUCCUAGGAUUCUCCACCAUAAUGUAGAGCUUUAUAGUGCACUUAUGAGUCACAUAAUGGUGACAUUGAUAGAGUGCAUAAUGGGGGGACUUAAUGGGGUGUAUUGAUGUAGUAGAGGGACUUUAUGAGGGGCACUGAUGCCUUGUAUUUGGAGAGGCCUAUAUAAGGAGCCAUCUCCCUCAUUUGUACUCAUUCCAUCAUUUUUGAGAGUAAUACACACUAGAGAGUUCUCUCAAUCCUUUGUCUUGUUCUUGUUCUUUGCUUGCUUGUGAGUUUGAGAGAAAGGCUGCCUAGCGCUCUAACGGAAUUGAGAGCUAGGGCCGCACGAUCGAGAGUAAGGUCGUGACAGUGGAGAAGGGGACUGUGGGUGGGCAGGCGGGCGGCAACCCCACGUCGGAGAGGGAGUGAGACGGUUUGGUUGUCCGGUUAGGGGAGAGGAAAGAGAUGAAAAGUCAUAAAUAUAUGUAGUUUUCACAUGUGUUAAUCUUUUAAUACCAAAACUGUCAUUAAUCUAAUCUUGACCAUAAUUUUUAAAUAAGAGGAAAAUAGGGAAAAUGAAGGGUGAAGAUGUAGAUUGCCUCGGUGGCUACUAAAAAAAAACUAGUAGUCACCUUAACUCAUUCCCUGAUUACGUGAUCUUUAGAGAGUAACGUUAAAGAGUAGUCGGUAUAACAUCUAUCCUAACAAUAUAAUAGAAAUAUGUAUUUAUCCAACAUUAAUUAUGCAAUAUGAAUGACUGAAAAAAUUGCUUGGAAAAAUUAGGUAAUAUUGAAAAAAAUUUAAUAAAUAUGUGCACUAAUAGACUAAUUUGAUUUUUUAAAAUACCCAUUCUGGUCUAAAUUAUUAACUACUUAGACUAAUUUCUGGCCGAACUUGUGAGUUGAUUGUCAACGUACCAAGUCAUUGACGUGUCAUUGAUUUAUUCUAUUCUAUUAUUUUAUGUUUUGGUUUAAAUGAUAAAUUAUAGAUAUUAAAAAAAUUAUUUGAAUUGGAAUUUUGCAAUGAUUCCUAUCAUGAAAUGAUAAUGACAUGGCGCAUUGACCAUUAAUCAUCUCGUGGGUUCAGCUAAAUUAGUCUAAAUAGUAAAUAAUUUAGGUCAGGAGAAGUAUUCCAAAAGAGUCAGACAAAUUAGUCUAAAGUUCGCUUAUAUUUAAGAUAUUAACUCUAGAAUAAUGCGUGAAUAUUUACAUUUAUACUUUCACAACUAAAUAUUAAAGACUACGUACCAUGAGGCUUCGACGGUAUUAUUUAAAAGGUCAAUUUUUUUAAUAAAAGGAGGCAAAAAGCCAGCAAGUGACCCUAAACUAUCAGAGGAAACGACAAAGUCUACACCAGUUGAGAUCACACUCAGUCUCUGUUUUGCAAAACCAUCAUAGAAAAACUUACUCCAACAACAGGAUUCUCUCAAGUUCUCACGAGGGAUUAGCUAGUUUCACUCGUAACGAAGAUCUAAAAGGUCAAUUGUUCUAUCCUUCUUUUUUUUUUUUUUUGUCUCUAUCUCCAUAUGAAGUUAAUUAAUUAUUUGGCUUUUUGGGUAAAUAAAUUUAUACUAAAAGGAAAAUAGGAACAAUGUCUUAAUAAGAAGAAAAAAAAUCUCUUCGGAAAAAAUAGAAGAAAAAAAAGUAAUAAAUAGGAACAAUGUGAAAUGGGUGAAAGGGGAGAAGGGAAUGGGAAGAGCAGAGAGAUUCCCACAUCCUUAAUGGAGAGAAAGGGAUGGGGCAGCAGCUGCACCGGCCAGCAAUCCCCUGCUCUAAACAAUCUUGACCAAGACUCUUGUUCCACUCUUCUUUACUUGUCCACCUUAAAUUAUAAUACAAUUAUAUAUUGUGUGAGGAUUUUAUAAUUAAUAAACAUUCUUUGACCAAGCACCUCUCCUAAAAUUGCUCAUAUAUUUAAAUAUAAGUUAAAUUUGUAUCUUAACAUAAUGUUAAGAUACAUGUUCAGUCUUCAUGGUAAAGAAAUUUGUAUGAAACGGUACAUGUACUAACUGAAUUUGUAUUAUAAUGUUAAACGUGAAAGUUCAAUUUGUACGAUAAGAAUUUUUUUAAACGAAAGCAGUGGUAUGCGCAUGGUAGCGGAACUCAUACAUGGUGUGGCCUAGACAUGCAAUAAAUUUUUUAGGGUAAUGUCUAUUUGUUAUUCAAACCUUUUUUCAUAUUAUGUUAUAUUAUCCUAACCUAUUAAAAUACUAAAAAUGAGCCAAAUGUUAACUUCAAGUUAGCAAUUUUGUUAUUGUCAAAAAAAAAAGUUAGCACUUUUGUUAGUAAUAUUGACUUGGCAACAUGAUACUGACUUAUAAGAGACACAUGAAGGUCAACAUUUCAAAAUUCUAGUAUUUUCACUAAGAAAAAAGUUAUAAAAUUAUUAACAAUAACGUAAAAAAGACUAAUAUUUUGAUGCAAUACGAAAGAUUUGGCUAAUCAAUAGCAUUUUAAUAGGUCUGGAUAAUAAAAAAGAAUCUGGAAAAAAAAUUGGAUAAAAAAUAGACAUUACCCAAAAUUUUAUAUUGAUCUAUUUUUAUGUGUAUUAACUUAAAAGAACUUCAUCCUUCUUAAAAAACUAUUUGAGUGACG